CAGCUUUGACAAGAACACCAUUGGUGCUCUGCAAAAUCUUGGAAAAAGGUGCCCUCUUUAGCUUUUCAAUAUUUGUUAUCAAAUCUGUUAAAUUUCGAGUUAGUUACUUGAAUCUCAUGUUACAGAUUUGCUAUUUUCUUCGUCUUCCUAGAUUCUUGUGUAUCACUUUCCUUGUUUGUAAGCAGUCUCUAGUUAAAUUUGAAAUCUGGGGUUUAUAAGAUUGUUGAAUUGACCUCUGAUCUUGAAGCAUGUGAACACAAUUCUGAUUACAGACCCAAUGCUUUAGAUGGUAUAUUGAAUGGUUGAUUACACUUACUUGAUGACAUUGUAAAGAAUAUAAAGUCCCUUUUUAUGGUUGAAGAAGCAUUUGGGUUUUGGCCAUUCCUAGUUUAAAGUGUUGUAGGAAUCGAAUCGGGGUGCUUUCAAUCGAUGAAGGACUAAGAUCUUGGUUUUCUAUCGUAUUAGCUUAUUUGAUGUCUUUAAUUGGGGAAAAGAGCUUGGUUCUGUCAAGGUUGUUUUCGUGCCUGAUAGCUAUUUCGAUGCUUCUAUUAAUUUUUUCUACCCUUUUCUUGUUUCAGUUUAAUGAGAUUUCCUUGGUCCCCUCUGUUUUUAAUAUAAUCAAUAUUAAUAGCAGUUCAGUUUACUUUAGACCGAAUGUGAGAAGUGAGCAUAUUCAAAAACCUCCUCUUGCUUCACCUAUUUUGACUACUGAGCCCACCAGAAGCCAAGGGAUUUGCAAUGUGAAUCAUGCUGUUCUCAGAGUAUAUAUGUAUGAUUUGCCCCCUGAAUUUCACUUUGGGCUAAUGGGAUGGAGUAGAAGUGGGAAUCAAGUGUGGCCAGAUGUUCGUAAUCGUACUCAGAUACCUCAGUACCCUGGCGGGCUAAAUUUACAGCACAGUAUGGAGUACUGGCUAACUCUUGACCUUUUAUCGUCGAAUGCUCCAGAUGUAGUGAGACCAUGCACCGUAGUCAGAGUUCCAAAGCCAGAUCAAGCUGAUAUCAUGUUUGUGCCAUUUUUCUCCUCUCUUAGUUAUAACAGGUUCUCUAAGCUUCGAGGGGAAGAGACAGUUAGUGUAAACAAUGUCUUGCAAGAUAGAUUGGUGGAGUUUCUAGAGGGCCGGGAUGAAUGGAAACGGAAAAAGGGGAAAGAUCAUUUGAUUGUAAGUCACCAUCCGAAUAGCAUGUUAACUGCAAGAACAAAGCUAGGUUCUGCGAUGUUCAUUCUUGCUGACUUUGGAAGAUACCCUGUGGAGAUAGCAAACCUUAAUAAAGACGUUAUAGCUCCAUACAAACAUAUCAUAAAGACCACACCUGCUAGUAAGUCUUACACAUAUGAAGAUCGCCCUAUAUUGGUGUACUUUCAGGGAGCAAUUUAUAGGAAAGAUGGGGGAGCAGUACGCCAAGAAUUGUACUACCUUCUAAAAGAUGAGAAAGAUGUACACUUCACUUUUGGAAGCGUAGGAGCAAAUGGGGUCAGUCAAGCAGGCCGAGGAAUGGCUACAUCCAAAUUUUGCUUGAAUAUUGCUGGAGAUACCCCUUCCUCCAAUCGGUUAUUUGAUGCUAUUGCUACUCACUGUGUUCCUGUGAUAAUUAGCGAUGAUAUUGAGCUACCUUUUGAAGAUGUACUAGAUUACUCUACAUUCUGCAUAUUCGUUCGUGCAUCUGAUGCCCUCAAAAAGGAUUUCCUUUUGAAUCUUCUUAGGGGGAUCAAGCAAGACAGAUGGACCAAGAUGUGGGAGAAAUUAAAAGAAGUUGAGAAGCACUUUGAAUAUCAGUUUCCAUCAAGGCCUGGCGAUGCAGUUGAUAUGAUAUGGGGUGCAGUUUCACGUAAGCUUUCUUCAUACAAAAAUGAGAUUCACAGAAAGAACAGAUAUCACAAAUCUCAGCUCUAAUGGAGUCUUUGACAUAGAUGGUUGACAAUUAAAAUACUAGAGACCGAGGGAACAAAUAACCUCGUUUUAAGUUUUACAUCUUACAAAAAAUUUCCCAUA